AUGCUUCAACAGGAAAGAUGGGAGACCCUGCAUACAAGAAGGGCUGUCGAACUGAAUAGUGAACUAUCCAACCUUCGCAAGCAGCAUCACAAUGGUUCCAUUUGUGCCCUACCACUCCUCGGCCGGCUAGUCGAGUAUUUUCAAGUUCCUGAUCGACCAAAGGGCCCGCCACCGCAUUUUCACCAGUUCCAAACCGAGUACUUCCGCGUCGAGAAUGGGGUACUCGCCAUCUCAGUGGACGGGGCCAUCCGCCGCAUCACCCCAGAAGAUGGCGAGAUCUCAGUCAAGGCGGGAAGUGUGCAUAACUUCUUCAUUGAUCCAGAUCCCCCCGAGAGCAUGACUGUUUACCCGAGUGCAUCAGACUCCGGAAACGACCGUCAGCUCGAUCGGAUCUUCUUCGAAAAUGGGUACGGCUACUGGCACGAUGCAUUGUUGCACAAUGGAGGGAUUGACUGGAUUCAGUUCCUCGCGGUGAUCAUCGAUCCUGAGCGCACAAUGUCCCUUGCCUUCGGCUGA